AUGGAUGAAAAGGAUUUUGUGUCGAGAUUAUUGGAGGCAACAAUGGUGGAGUCAGGGGAUAGGCAGAGAAGAAUUGAGAAGUUGUUGGACAAAAUUGCUGCGGCUGGAAGGGUGUUGGAAAUGAAUGAGAAUGAAUUAAAGGAUAUGCACAAGCAGAUUGAGGAAUUGUCUGGAUAUAAAAUCGAGAUCGAGAAGGCCAAAAGCCGUCUCGAGAUAGAAAAUAUAGAGUUACACAAUAAAGUGAUUGAGCUGAAGAAUGUUGUGCAGAAGCUGCAAGAGGAAUGCUCAGAUCAUCAAAAGAAGAAAAUUGAAUUGAUUUCUGAAGUUAGCUGUUAUCAAGAGUUGGUUGAUCAAGUAACACUUCAGAAGGACCAUGCUUUGAAACAACUCGAUGGGGAGAAGCAUAAUGGUGUUAACUUGAGUUCAGAAGUUACAAAAAUGGAGAAUACACUCAAGAAAACUGUGGAAGAGCUAGCACGGAAGGAGGCUGAAUGGCGGAACGUAAUCAAGGGAAAGGAAGAGAUGGAGAGUCACAGUAGAUCAAUGGCUGAAGAUAGAGAUAGAUUGCAUAAGGAACUUUUGGAGGCUAAGAGAAGUUUCAGUGAUUUGAAAGCUAAAAUGGAAUCGACCACCAUUAAUUACGAGCGAGCAUCGACUCUGUUGGAGAACACUGCUUCACUGUUAUGUCAAUUUAAAGCUGAGAACAAUGGGAAAUCGAAGGAAGAAGCCGUUGUUGCUGAACAGAAACUCGAAGAUGAAAUAGAAGCAUAUGCAAUGAAAAAUUGGAAGCAAUCAAAAAGGCAUUUAAGAACAAAGAGACGUUGGCUCAAGACUUGA